CAUGUUGCUAGCUACUGCUAGACUAGUGCUGGGACUCCAUUUCCAUCGUAAUGGGGGGCCUGACUCAGAAUUGGGCUCUUGACGGUCGCCUUCGGCUGCUCUUGGAUAUGGAUAAGGCGGGGAUGUUUGGAUGGCCGCCUAAGCCGUCGCCGCCCGCCAUACUUCCCACGCCACCAGUGUGGCGCUCGUUUUGAGCGCCACAGGUGUGGCGCGGCGUGGCCGCCGGCGCGCCGAUCCAAACUAGCCUUCCAUGGUUUUAUCACACCUAAUUUAAUUUAUUUUCCCUGUAUUGUCGCUAUUACAGGCGCUUGUAGACUCUGUUUUUCUUUUGAAUAGUGGCUAAGCAAUUCCACCUUUUCUUCCUCUGAUGGCCGGCCAUUCAAUCCAGCUUUCUGUUAAAAUAAUCUCCUGUCCCAUGUUUCGUUUUUUGCCCCCUUUGAGCCGCCAUCGCGUACUCCGUACUCGUCGCUGCUUUGUUGAAGUGGGCAUCUGAUCCUGUGUCAACGUCACUGUCUGGGUUCCUUGGAGCACAUGAACUUCUCAGGGGCAGAAAUACAGGUCAAAUGUGCCAUCCCGUGCUCUGGAAUUUCGUCCUCACUAGGAGUUUUUUUUUGUCUCUUCAUGCGGACCAAUUGCUGUGCACCUCUCAUUUCUCGCCGUCUGUCUCUCACUCUCUCUCAAUUUAUUACACAAAAACGUUUUCUACCCUGUCUCGUCCCCUCCAGUCCUGUCCCGGCAGAAUCGUCACAUGAUUUACUGCAGGUUUCUCCGCUAUACAUACGUGUCUUAUUUAGGCGACUGAAGUCCUCAUACUACUAAUGAUCUUCUUUGACACUCGUUUUGCUAGACACAUAUCCAUACCUCAACACCGAUGCCGGAACCAUGUCCCCAUUCGAGCACGGCGAAGUGUUUGUUUUGGACGAUGGUGGUGAGGUGGACUUGGACCUUGGAAACUAUGAGAGAUUUCUGGACAUCAAGUUGACUCGUGACAACAACAUAACCACGGGGAAGAUAUACCAGUCUGUUAUUGACAAGGAACGUAGAGGAGAUUACCUAGGAAAAACUGUUCAGGUCGUGCCACACAUCACAGAUGAAAUACAAGAUUGGAUUCAACGUGUGGCAAUGAAUCCAGUUGAUGACACCGAAGAGCCAGCUGAUGUUUGUGUCAUAGAACUUGGUGGGACUAUAGGGGACAUUGAAUCAAUGCCUUUCAUAGAAGCACUAGGCCAAUUUUCAUACCGUGUAGGGCCUGGAAACUUUUGCUUGGUGCAUGUUAGUCUUGUACCAGUUCUAAAUGUAGUUGGUGAGCAGAAAACAAAGCCCACCCAACAUAGUGUUCGCGGACUUCGAGGACUUGGACUCAUGCCUGAUAUUUUGGCAUGUCGCAGUACACAGCCACUUGAAGAACACGUGAAAGUGAAGCUCGCACAAUUUUGUCAUGUCCCGAUACCAAAUAUCAUUAAUCUCCAUGAUGUCACCAACAUUUGGCACAUUCCUUUGUUGCUCAGAGAUCAGAAGGCCCAUGAAGCUAUUUUGAAGGUGUUAGACCUUCAGUGCGCGAGUAAAGUUGCUCGAGAACCCCAAUUGUCUGAAUGGACUGAAAGAGUCAGCAGAUGUGACAGAUUGAAAUCUCCGGUUAGGAUUGCAAUGGUUGGAAAGUAUACUGGCCUGUCAGACUCCUACCUAUCUGUUAUAAAGGCUCUUUUGCAUGCGUCGGUUGCUUUGGACAGGAAACUUGUGGUGGACUGGGUUCCUUCCUGUGAUCUUGAAGAUUCUACAGCAAAAGAGACUCCUGACGCCUAUGAAAAGGCAUGGGAGUCGUUGAAGGGUGCAGAUGGUGUGUUGGUGCCAGGAGGUUUUGGAGACAGAGGAGUCCAAGGGAAAAUUCUGGCUGCAAAAUACGCGCGAGAAAACAACGUUCCAUAUCUUGGCAUUUGCUUGGGCAUGCAAAUUGCAGUGAUUGAGUUUGCACGCUCUGUCAUGAAGUUGCACGGUGCUAACAGCACAGAGUUUGAUCCAACCACAAAAACACCAUGUGUUGUUUUCAUGCCAGAGGGGUCCAAAACUCAUAUGGGAGCAACAAUGCGCCUUGGUUCAAGGAGGACCUUUUUCCAGGCCACUAACUGCAAAUCUGCUAAACUGUACGGCAAUGCUUGCUACGUUGACGAAAGACACCGCCACAGAUACGAGGUGAAUCCUGACAUGGUCCCAGAAUUUGAGAAGGCAGGGCUUUCUUUCGUUGGCAGGGAUGAGAGUGGCGAACGCAUGGAGAUUAUCGAACUACCAACUCAUAGGUUUUUCGUCGGAGCACAGUUUCACCCUGAAUUCAAGUCAAGGCCCGGCAAGCCAUCUCCGCUUUUCUUAGGAUUGGUAGCAGCGUCAUCAGGCCAGCUUGACCACUUGCUCCAACGUGGCCUUACCAGUUCAGCAGGCAGAGACAUCUGCGGCAAAGGGGGAGCGCAGAAACCAAAAGCUUGCCAGAACGGGCAUGUCAUGAAGCCACUGAAUGGCCUGGUGCACGGGCACUAUUCAGCGACUCGCUGCAAUGGCGUCAUUCCCAUCUAGCAGGCUGUUUUCGCUUGUUCUUUUUCUUUCCGUUCUACCUACCUGCAGGGCAACCAGGAAGAGAAGGGCUGUUUGCUCUAGCGACACGGCAGCCGUUUCCGAUGUUUUAACGAGGAAGCAAUUGGCAUGCAAAGCUGUCGCGCGCAUUAAGAGGCAAAUCUAGCAGCUUAUUAGCUAGGGUUCGAUUAGUAGUAGUAGUAAUCCGAUGUUGCUGGUUUAUUUGUUAGUUUGUUUGCUAAGAAAGAUUACAAGGGUUAGUGAUGUGCAGCUAGCUCCAGUGUAGCCUGCCGUCUCGCCCCAUUUGUACAUUGUAAAACCACUGCUACUCUCCAUGAUUGACUGAAUGGAUGAGUAUAAACGUAUUGGACCAACAUGCUCGGUGUUAUAAAAAUCUAAGUUGCAAUCCAA